AUGUCUUCCUUUGAAGAUCGCCAAUCUAAGCUCCUUUACAGCGAUGACGAGGAGGACCAGCGGCAGCAUUCAUUCAAUGAGAACACUAUGCCUGACAAUAGUACCUACUACAUGCGUCUUGGAGUGAGCAAAGACGCUACCCAACACGAGAUUCGGCGUGCUUUCCUAAAGCUUAGCCAGCACUAUCACACCGACAUGUACAUGAUGCACUCGGAAGCGGUCAAAAACGCCAUGAACACCCGAUUCCUGGAACUGCAGGAGGCCUACUCGGUUCUUUCUGAUAUUAAGAAGCGUGCUGCGUACGACGCGGUCGGGACCAAAGGCCCGGACCGCUUGGCAUUGGUUCCUGAGAGCUGGGCCUCUCGAAACGAUGUUAUUCUCUACCUCCGGUCACUAGAUCGGGAGGCGGAAUUGAUCAACACUGCCAAAAUGCUUUCCGCGACCUCGAAUAUCACUAUCAACUACUCCAUCGCGCAUUUGUUUUGGUACUUGCCCUCAAUUUUACCGAUUAGAUCAUCAUCUUAUUCUACGCUUCCACCUCCUCCUCCCUCAGACGCCGUACUAAUGUCUAAUGACGCGAGUGGUGAUUCUAAAGCAACAACUCUGCACGCACAGGUGCCAUCAAGCGACACCUUCGCUGCGGCGGAGGUUCAGAAGUCGACAUUUGCGUCCCCUCCCUCUUUUUCCCCUUCCAAGCGAAUCAGCGAGGAUGAUUCUUCCGAGGCAAAGGAAAUCUCCAGCACUUCAGAGCCAAUUCACGCGCAAAUGACGGCUAUGGAGGUAGAAAUAGAUGGAGAACCGCAAAUUGUUCUAAUUCCUUCCAGAGAGCUUCAGAAUCGCCUUCGUGGAAAACUGCAAUCCAGCACUACCGACACUGCCGCGAUGGCUCCGCGCUCUGGCGAUGCCACUCGCAGAUUAGCUCUGCAGAACAUCUCUCCAAUGGAGGCACUUUUACUAGCCACGUUUCCACGAAGUAUGCUUUUCCAGCACUCCUUCGAGCAUGCGGUGUCGCCGACGCUGAAUUUCGUCUUCCGCACUCAAGGCACCGCACAUGGAAAGGUGGCGAGCCUCUCUGUGGGAGCCUCCUCUGUGUAUAAACGCAGUCCCGUUACUACUUACACUGCUGAUCUGGUGACUCGUAUGAAGGGGCCAAAAGUCUUGCUUCGUCAGGAGCGUGUUCUGAGCCCACUGUGGUCUUUACGGUCCAAAUUGACUUUGCUUGACGGCGUAGGUCUGCUACAAAAACUACAGUUGUCGCUUACGCGGAAGCUUUCUUCCAUAACCGAGCUGGAGAAUACCAUCACGUGGUGUCUGAGUGAGAAUGGCUUUCUUCGAACUUCCCUAUUUCGUGUAUGGGAGGGUACUUCUCAGUACUUGUCUAUGCAUGUUGGACUGAAUACCUUGUCUUUUGCUGCGUCGAUGUCUUCGGAGGUGACAUUCGGUGGCGACGCUCAUGCCCCCGGGUACCCAUCCGCAAAGGGCUGCGUGAAGUACUAUGUUUCCUCUACUGUUUUUUCCGGUGAAACCCAGAUGGGGUUUGAGGUGUGGUACUACCAUAGGCUGUUAAAGCACUACGGCCUAUCUUUUGUAACCAAAAUUCCGUACGCCCCGAGUCCAUUUGCGGUCUCCUCAUUUUUCGUGUACAACUCGCAGCACAUGAUGACAAACCAACUAUCCCUGCUCUACAAGCGGGGUAAACAUCGCAUCAGUAUCCCAAUCGUUAUCAUGAUCUCACCAACUAUUAGUCAUUCCAUCAUGUGGUUUUCUGUUCCUUUAUGUUUAUACCGCUUGGGGAAACUUCUGUAUCGUCCGUAUUUUAACGCGAAGACAGCCAAGAAGCUUGGCCAACUUCGUAGGGAGCAUAUCGCAGAGAUUGACCUCGCUCGCGAGAGAGCCAUAAUGGAGCAACAGGCGCUAGCGUGGAAGGCUAUGGAGAUCUCUUCACUGGAGUGCAAUUGCGACGGGUUAGUUAUCAUCAAUGCUCAAUACGGGAUUUUAAAGCCUGACUAUAGUGCAUCAACUUGCUCCGCUCGUACGGGUACUUCCUACGUGUCCAGGUGCCUCUCAUUAGUCGAGGGGAUCCAUGAGGGGAUUUUUCGCCGUGGCGUCCUUCGAGUUUUGUCAUCGUUGCCAUUUUCACGCACCCCGCGACCAAAUUCCCCUGUGAGCCCUGGGGCGAAGGGAGAGACGGCAACCGAGGCUAGCAAGGCAGAAGCAUUUCAGCUGGAUGGUACCGACCCAGUCGGGGAUGACAAUAUCCCCCGCUCGUUAGAUGUUACGAUCGCUCUGCAAACCCUGGUGCGGGAUUCGGCCUUGCUGCUUCCUGAAGGCCCGAAGGGCACAUUGGUGGGCUUCUGCGACCCUGAUCCCUACGCCUUGGAGCCGAAGCAGCUUAAAAUUGUCUACCGUUUUCACGGGAAGAAGCAUCUUGUUGUGCUUGAUGAUAGUGAUCCGGUCGAAUUACCUCAACGGGAGCAUUUAUGUUUGUAA